AUGACGGGGAAGGAAGGGGCCGUCUCCGUGUUAACGGAAACUUUAAAUAAACCCAACAAGCCUCCGCCGCCGCCAUCGCCGGGUGACAUGGGAAGAGACAACGGGCUGCAGCUGCUGAAGACGCCCGCCACACAGCCGCGCUGCACCGGCUUCGGCAUCCAGGAAAUCUUGGGUCUCAACAAGGAGCCCUCCUCCCUCACCACCAACCCCCGGAGCCCGCUGGAGUCUCUGCCGGCCGGGGCGCACCUGCUGGCGGCCAGGUCUGUGCUGGGCCCCGCUGGCCUGGGAGUGGGAGUGGGAGUGAGCAUGGGGUUGCUCGGGGGCCCCGGGGGUAUCCACUCGUCCUUCUACAGCCAACCCGCUUUCCUCGAGGUGCUCUCGGACGCGCAGAGCGUGCACACGCACCUACACCAGCCCCUUAACCGGACCGUUAACGGACAGCUGGACUGCAGCCAGUCCGCGAGCUCAGAUUCCGAGGAUGUGUCCUCGAGCGAGAAGAGGAUGUCCAAGUCGUCACUGGGUCACCAGAGCAAGAAACGGAAGAAGAGGCGACACAGAACCAUCUUCACCUCGUACCAGCUGGAGGAGCUCGAGAAGGCGUUUAACGAGGCGCACUAUCCCGACGUUUACGCGCGCGAGAUGCUCGCCAUGAAGACGGAGCUCCCGGAAGACAGAAUACAGGUCUGGUUCCAGAACCGGCGUGCCAAGUGGCGUAAGCGUGAGAAGUGUUGGGGCCGCUCCACUGUAAUGGCGGAGUACGGCCUCUAUGGGGCGAUGGUGAGGCACUCGAUCCCGCUGCCAGACUCCAUACUCAAGUCCGCCAAGGACGGCAUCAUCGACUCCUGCGCCCCCUGGCUGCUCGUACAAGAGGGCCAGCCCAUCAACAGCCGCUAUUCUAAACUUCAAUACCCACAAUGCAACAGCCGCUAUUCUAAACCCCAAUACCCACAAUUCUUUGCAGGGAUGCACAAGAAGUCCAUGGAGACGCAGCCGCCCGGAGGCGGACCCGGCAGUCCAGAAGGGGGAGUCCUGCCCCCUCAGCCCACGUCGCCCAAUCACAAGCCAGGAGGAGGGGUGUCAGGUGACUGCGAGCUGGCCAAUGGCGAGGAGCGCAUGGAGGAAGGGGCGGGCUCUCCGCUGUCCCCCAUCUCCAAGGAGGAGUUGCGGGAGAACAGCAUCGCCGCCCUGAGGGCCAAGGCACAGGAGCACAGCGCCAAGGUGCUAGGCACCGCCCCUUCCUGUAACAAGCCCUUAGGCACCGCCCCUUCCUGUAACAAGCCCUUAGGCUCCGCCCCUUCCUGUAACAAGCCCUUAGGCACCGCCCCUUCCUGUAACAAGCCCUUAGGCCCCGCCCCUUCCUGUAACAAGCCCUUAGGCACCGCCUCCUCUACCUGUAACAAGGUGCUGUCCUCCCCGCCCCCCACUUCCUGCCCCUCCAAGGCAAUAAGCUCCUCCCCUUCCUGUAAUAAGGCACUAGGCUCCGCCUCUUCCUGUCCCUCAAAGGCGAUAGGCCCCUCCCCUUCCUGUCCCGACAGACUGAAACGGAAGGCGGAGCCUCACAGCAGCGGCGGAGACGAGAAGAAAGCAGCGCAGCGGGAAGAGGACGACUAG